UUGACACUGAGUGUGGAUGCAAUGCACAUCAGCAAGGCCAAAAUAUUGAUUAGGAAUGCAGCUAACUGGAGGCAGGAAACUAAUCUCAGCCAUUGGACCACCAGGGAGCCUUCUUUCACCCGCAGGGGGGGUUUGGAGAGGAGGGGACCCAGGAAGACAUUGGCAGACAUCCUGGAAACAAGAGAAGACAAG